UUGCUUCUCAAUGAAAUAAAAUAUGUUAUUCACUCUAAAACGACAAAUAUCCUCUAUAUAAUUCUGAGAUAGAGAUGUACACAUAUACACAUACAUUAUACAUAUAAAUUUGACCAUGCAGUUACAUAUCAGAGAUAUUCAAAUUGGAGCUUUAUUAUCAAGUUCUUAAUUUUGGUAUGAUAGUAUCUUCAGCUUUAAUGAUAUGGAAGGGUUUGAUGGUUGUUACUGGCAGUGAAAGUCCUAUAGUUGUUGUACUCAGUGGAAGUAUGGAGCCGGCCUUUUACCGUGGUGAUUUAUUACUUUUAACCAAUCAUCAAGAAGAAGCUAUCAGAGUUGGAGAAAUUGUUGUAUUUAAAAUAGAAGGACGAGACAUCCCAAUUGUUCACAGAGUUCUUAAAAUUCACGAAAAAGAAGAUGGGUCACUGAAGUUUUUAACUAAAGGUGAUAAUAAUUCUGUAGAUGAUAGAGGUUUAUAUGCACCAGGACAGUUAUGGUUAGAAAAAAAGGAUGUAGUUGGAAGAGCUAGAGGUUUUCUGCCAUAUGUUGGAAUAGUCACCAUUCUAAUGAAUGAUUAUCCUAAAUUCAAGUAUUUAGUGCUAGCCUGCCUUGGUAUAUAUGUAUUAAUUCACAGAGAAUAGUCACAUUCAUUUAUAUCUUUGUUUAUGUUUUUCUAUGAUUAUCUAACACUGCUAAAAUAAUUGUUACAUGUAGAAAAAUCAAACUUUCAUUAUUUUCAAACUGUUCUCAUUGUUAUUAAUUUUUAUUGUCACAAUAUUGUGAAAGUUCAGUGAUUCAAUUCCCUUCAGUAUUUUCAAUUGAAAAUUUACGAUAUUCAGCAUCCUCUGUAUAUGAUAUAAACAAGACAGUGUCACCUAUAACUAUUGAGUAAAUCUUUUGAUGGUCCUCUUUUUAAUCCGAUUAAAUCCAGGUCAGGAGAUUAUCUACCGUUGAUAUUUGGGUUUCUUUUCUUAAUCAAUUUGAAUGCAUUUUAACUUGGAUUAAUCCAUAAAAUAAUAGUUAUUGUCCAAAAAAAGCAGUUCAGCAGCUUUAAAGAAAAAUAUGAAGAAAGUGUUUAUUUUUACAUGACAUUUGUUAUAUCAAAUAUAUCAGUAACACACUUUUAUGGAAUAACAAUUACUAUGGUUUAUUUCACUGCAACGUUUCAACAAGAUUUCACAAGUCCUUAUCAAGCAUAUACACAUCUAUUUGUAAAUGCCAUUCAAAGAAUAUAUCAAAUACAUAUUGAGAUGAUUAUGUUAGCAAUAUCAUCCAUCAUUUUUAGUGUUCUGUUAUAAGAAUUAAAAUUUAGAUUAAACUUUAGGGCCUCAAUAUAAUGAGAGGAUGAAGGUAGAAAGCACUGCUGCCUCACAUUAUUAAGAAGGCAUUUAGUUUAUUUCUUUUUAGUGAUUGCAACCCUACAUACUAAUCGUGUAUAUUGUGUGGGUUGGGUAAAGUGCAACAUGAAGAGUUAGUCAGGGGCGGAUCUAGGAAUUUUGAAAUGGGGGGCGCUGCAAAAUGAAGGCAUUGACCGCGGAGACAGGGCACGCCGCUGUGGGGUGGGGGGGUUCCCAAGAAAAUUAACCGUCAUUUCCUUGCAUCUGUAGCCAUUCCAAGAGCUAUUUCCCAGACUGGUGUGUUUGCGUCGAUGGUUUGAGUCAUUUGGGAUCCCUACAACGGGUUGGGAACGGACAUAUUUGUGUUUGAGAAAAGGCACUUUCAGCAGUAAAAAAGGGCACUGUCGAAAAUUAGGGGGGGGGGUGCGCGUCCCUCGCGCCCCCCAUUGAAUCCGCCUCUGUUAGUGUCAUGGGUAAGAUUUGUAAACCUGUCAAAAUUAAUUGUUUUCUGUUAACCCUUUCUCAUUUAUGAUAACUAAAGCAGAGAUAAUCAUGUACAAUUUAAUUGGUGAAUGGUUGAUGUACUCAAUUUAUAAAACAUUAUGUUUUAUUGUGUUAUUUAUGUAAGAUUUUUUUUUUUUGUAACUAUGUUGUUGCCUGUCAAAUAUUAUACUGUAUAUUUGAGAAGACUUUUUGGAUUCAUGAAAUAAUUUAAUAAUAAAAUUAUAUUAUUCUUUAA